UUGCCGUAGCUCUUCUUGGGGAAACCUCCGGUACGUCAAAAGCGGCGCGCAGUCGCUUCUUUUAGCGUCGAGCUUAAUUAUCUUUUGCCGGAGGGUGUUGCCGUUACAGCUGUCUUGGGCGGAGGGGUAAAAAGGACCCGAUGAUUGGCCCCCUCCUUUAUACUUGCCUGACAGCGCCAUUCCACAUCUCCUCAGUAAGUCCCAUUGCGCUCAAGGAGUCUUAUCCUCACGAAAAGUCAAAUACUGGAAAAAGAACAAAAUCUGUGCAGAGCUGCUGUGCUAGAUACCCUGCCCUGCUGAUCCUGAGGAAAUAUCUUCACAUUAAUUCUUUGCACUAUUUGGGACUACCAUUGGUUCAAAUGUAUUACUGGAAUUUUUAAUUGUUUUUGGAAGAAUGUCCAGGGUAGAAAUGGCAAAAGACGGAAUUGGCAACGCCAGUGGCACACCAAAUAUGUGGUUUGGACAGUGCCCGUAUACAGCUGAGGAGCAUCAGGCUAUUCAGGCCGCUCUGCGCCAGAGGCUGGGUCCAGAAUACAUCAGUAGCCGACAAGCCGGAGGAGGACAGAAGGUUUGCUACAUAGAGGGACACAGAGUCAUCAGCCUGGCCAAUGAAAUGUUUGGAUAUAAUGGUUGGGCUCAUUCUGUCACUCAGCAGAAUGUUGAUUUUGUUGAUCUAAGUAAUGGCAAGUUCUAUGUGGGUGUUUGUGCCUUUGUGAAAGUUCAGCUUAAGGAUGGGGCUUAUCAUGAAGAUGUUGGCUAUGGAGUAAGUGAAGGCUUGAAAUCUAAGGCCUUGUCUCUUGAAAAAGCAAGGAAAGAGGCUGUAACAGAUGGAUUGAAGAGGGCCCUAAAGUGCUUUGGUAAUGCUCUUGGGAACUGUAUUUUGGAUAAAGACUACUUGCGCUCAGUGAAUAAACUCCCCCGUCAGGUGCCUCCAGAUUUUGAUUUGGGCAAAGUUAAAAGGCAGGACUUUGAUCCUACUGUAGAAAAGGCAAGGUAUAAUAGCUGCUUGCAAAAGGCAAGUGAAGACCAGAAGCCGUUUUCCUCAUCAACCCCAGGCAGAUCUAACAAGUUGAGAUCUCCCUUGAAUGCUACUGAACAAGAUCAAAACAGGAUCUCACUGCCCUUGGAUUACGAUGCAACUCACCAUCGGAAGUUACGACAGAAGCAGCUUCAACAGCAGUUCAGACAGCAGAUGCAGGAGAAACAGCAGAUCCAAUCAGAUGUUUCAGCUUGCAGAACUAAAGAUCAAGAAGCAUACAUUCCACCUGCCUUGGAACGCAACUCUUCUGUACAACUGGAACCUGUUGUGGAUGAAGAAUUCCUUGCAGAUGAUCCAGAACUUUGGGACUUUCCUUUGGAAGCUACUGAUCACGAUACACCAGCAGUGCCAGCCCAAUGCUCAGGCACACCUCUUGGACAGCAUCCCAUGACGACUCGUAGCCGAACCCCACAAAGAAUAAAUAAUCAGCAGUCGAGUAUAAAACCUUCAUCUUGGCAUCUCUCCUCCAGUCCCAGGUCUUACUUACCAGCUGAGUGCAGCCCAUACCGAAAAAGCCAAGGAAUGAAAAAGAGAAGACUGGAGCCCACGUAGAACAACACUUAUGCUUCACUAUGAGGGUUUUAAUUCAGAACACAUUUUAGUCCAAUAAAAUUGCAGACCAAAGGAUAUUUUCUCGAUUUUAUUACAUGUAGUGCUGAACAGAAAAAAAAAAAUGCACAUUGCUUUUGCAGUAUUUGACGGAUGGCUUACAAUAUCACUUCAACUCUAUAGCUAGAAGAAUUAAAGAUUAAAAUCCUAAUAUUUCAUUCCAUUAUAUGUAAUUCCAUCUUAAUAUUAAAAAGGGUACUUUCUUCUCCUCAAUUUUCUUAAUUCCAAUUAAGAUUCCAAUUCCAAGAGAGUAAUUUUAGUAAGAAUAUAUUUUAUAUAUAAAUGUGUUAUAAAGGUCUCACCUGAAUAUGGAUUUGAUAAUCAGAGCAAAUUAGUUUUCCAAUUUAAAUUAUAAUUGCUCUUUCUAUUAAUGAACAAAACCAAAGUUUCCAUCUACUCGAAGAGGUACAAUCUGCAAAUAUUUGGAAAGUCUAUUGCUAAAAGUAAGUUUAGGAAAACAUAAUAUGCCUUUUUGGGCAGGGGGAGCAUAUAAGUGUCUUGGACUUCUCAUGGUGUCUUUUUUUUUGGUGCAUUAGGCAGAGUUUGAGAAAACAAAAGCCAGUCAUUAGAACAGAACAUUUUGCAAUCUAUAAUUUAAUGCAGUACCUCAUAUUAUCAAGUAUUCUGGUGCUUGCAUUAAAUAAGCAGAAAAGCAGUAAAUAUUGCUGCAUAAACAGCCUCUGGAUUCUCUAUCACCAUUCUGGUAGAUAGGAGAGGUAUCAGAUUAUUGUUUUUGUAUUUAAACUGUCAUGUUUUCUAAGUCAGUUGCAGAAAAAUAUUAUAUUUAGGAUAUAUACUAAUGGUAGGUGAUGUGUUUUGUUAGAUUAACUGAGCAACUUUUCUCCAGAUAAUUCCUGCAAUAUAAUGUAGAAACAGGAUCAGUCUAUCUUUUAUUUCUGUUGAAAAAGGGAGAAGGAUAAUUAAAGCAGCUUUUGUGUGAGAUGCCCAUAGCAUCAGUGUGAAAUAAGUUUCCUAUCUCCAGGUAAUCUGUAGGCUGUAGUUCUGUUUGACCAACAGCUAAGAUAACACUUGAAAGGAUCCCAUUACUAUCAUAUGUCACAACUCUCAUUGACUUAGGAAGAUCCCACAUGUAAGAUGUUAUGCAAUGUAUGCGUAUCAUUUAUGUAACUUUCCUUGAUUAUUUUCUUCUUUUCAAAUUAGUUUUCUUAAUUUUCAAAAUUGGUCCACUAUGUUCUGAUCUGCAGAUUAAACCAAAAUUAUUUGAACUAUCAAGAAUGUUAAACCCUGUAUAUAAUGAAGCUUUGGGACACAUCAUACUUAUCAGGUAGUAAGAUGUUAAAUGGAUCAGCUACUUGCUACUUUAAGUCAGUGUCUGCAUUUUAAAUGUUUACAUAGUUCUGCUUUAAUGAAAUAUUCCAAUAAAGAGACA